UGUAAGAUCGUCUUCUGUCAAAAAUACGACUUUGGUGCAGUAUUUUUGUCUCUCAAUAAGACGGUUUCUAUACAAUUUGAUUUAAAAAAGUUACUGAAAUCUCUAUAACAGUGUAUUGUACUGAAACCCUUUUGCCUCCGCGAUUCCUAAAUUCAACUCUGGAAUUGCUGUUCUGAUAAAAUAGUUGAGAACUCUCAAAAAAUAUCCCUUUCCGUCUCAUUCCAACAGUGUGCCAGCAACAUGAUCCGAAAUCCCGCUAAAGCCGCUCUGCGUCUUCGUAUUAAGGCCCGUCUCGAGGCUAUGACUCCUGAAGGCAGGGAUUCACAGUCUAAAGCAAUCACUGCAAAGGUUUUGGCUUUACCUGAAUUCAAAGCGGCUCAGAGGAUCAGCAUUUAUCUCUCAACGGAUGCAGAGGUCAACACCGUGGAGAUUCUCAAGGAAAUGUUCCAGCAAAAGAAGGAGGUCUAUGUGCCAACUUACCAUAAAAACGUGAUGGAGAUGGUAAAACUGAAGGACUUUGCUGACUAUGAGAGUCUUCCGAUGACCAGCUGGAAAAUCAAGCAGCCCAAGUGGUCAGAUAACCGCGAGUCUGCACUUGAUUCAGGUGGCUUGGAACUUAUUCUGAUGCCCGGAGUUGCCUUUACAGAAUCCUGUGGCCGCUGUGGCCAUGGCAUGGGGUACUAUGAUAAAUUCUUGGCACGACUUAUUGAAAAAUCUGGCCGGGACAACGUCAAAUUGAUCGCAGUUGCAUUCAAGGAACAACUGGUACCAGACGAUGAACUUCCCAUGGACGCAACAGACGUCCGUCUGGAUGCUGUGAUUACAGCGUGAUUCUCCCUUCAUUCAAAAGUGGAUUCUAGGGCUUCUUUAUUCAUCUAUCUUCUUCACAAUAAAAUCUAGACACACAUUAGGAAAGAUAGUUGGAUUAUUUUCAAAUGAUGCUCAAACUACAGCUAAUCCUGUGAUGAUACAUCCCAUCACGAGUUAAUAAUUAUGUUAGUAAUAAAAAAUAUAUAAGAAAAAAGUGGUAAUUUUUUGGAUAUUUUGAUUGGAAAGAAAGUUCUGAAACAAUUACAAUAAGUUUGAAUUUUUUUUAUGUUUUUUUUUUUUAACUUUUUUGCAUAUCUUAAUAAAAAAAAUGAACUACAAAAAA